UGGCUGGCGAAAUGGCCCUGGUUUUUCUUUUUGAGUGGCCAAUUGAAAUUUUGAUCACCUAAGCUUGCGCAGGCAUUUCGCCAGCUAACCAUCCUAGGCAGUUAGUUUUAUCACCCGCAACAACAACGUCCUUUUUAUUCCCGGCGCCAUCCCAUCCCGAGUCUAAGCCCCAACGACCGUUCAACAAUCGUCGUACGGAGUCGGAACACAGAAGCAUGGAGGCGAACAGUCCCCCAAGCCAGGUGAAAACCCGCUUCUGCAUCAUUUCCGAUACCCAUACAUACACGCCGUUGCCGCCAGACAAUUGGUCUCCAUUCCGAUUGCCUUUCCCCACCUCAGAUGUUCUCCUACACGCCGGCGACCUCACCAUGGUCGGAAAGGAGAGUGAGCAUCAGGCGACAAUUGGCAUGCUCAAGAACGCGGAUGCAGAGCUAAAGAUUGUCAUUGCGGGGAACCAUGACAUCACGCUUGAUGAGGACUACUAUAAUAGCUUCGGGUAUCGUCGACAUAGAGCAAGGGAAGACCUGGUUAAGAUCAGGGAGAUGUACUGUGGGGAGGAGGCCCGGAAACAUGGCAUCGUCUACAUGGAUGAGGAGUUGAGAACGUUCACGCUGAAAAAUGGCGCCAGAUUCACUGUCUAUGCCUCUCCCUACCAGCCAGAAUUCUGUCGAUGGGCUUUCGCAUACAAGCGCCACCAAGACCGAUUCAACCACGCCCAAGAAGGCGCGCAAUUCGUUGCGCAAAACCCAGUACCCGAUUUCCCUGCUGUGGAUGUUAUGUUAACUCACGGCCCACCACGAGGGGUCAUGGACGAGACCAUCAGCUGUGAACCAGUCGGUUGCGACCACCUUCGACGGGCGGUUACCCGAGCUAAGCCUCGACUACACUGUUUUGGCCACAUUCAUGAAGGAUAUGGUGCCCAGCGGAUGGAAUGGGCGGGGGAGAAAGUAACGAAUAUAAAGCUGGAUCAAACGACCGUGCUCAAGGAUCGAGCUUCCUACAUUAAUGUCAGCCGUGAUGGUGGUGAGAAGCCGUUGAAGGUUGGAGAGGAGACAUUGUUUGUCAACGCCAGCAUCGUCACUGUUCAAUAUGACCCAGUACAUGCCCCCUGGGUUGUUGAUAUCGAUCUACCUCGUUCGAAUGAGGCAUGAAGCAUCAAGCAUAAGUGACAACUUCGUCCUUCAACAACGAACACUUAUGUUCAAGCCAGGUUUGGUAUAAUUUCUCUAACGUUAUUAUACCAAUGGUCUUUAUUAAUUGGACUGCAGUAGGAAGAGCUAGUCAUUGGGUCUGCUCUCUAUCCAUCGAAAUAUGGAAAAUAUGUCUUCCGCAAGCCACAGCUCAUCCAGCCGAUGCUAAUAAUGUUGAUGGGUUUCAUCCUUCUUCUGGACAAGCUCUAGUUAAUGCUUCUUUGAAAGCGGGGAAAUUUCUUCAUUUUCAUUUUUAGCGAUAAGGACUGUCGAUUUCUCAGUGUUGCAAUCAUGAUAUAGACCCUGUAUCUAUUCUCGGGAUUCAGGGAGCUGGGUUGUUUUAUCCUUGCGAAGGGGAACCAUUAGAACUAAUCACUUUUUUCUCUUACAUAGCAAAGGCUGUCUGUUGAUUCUUACAUUGUCUUUCCCAAGCUCCUUUGUUUUUCUUUUCUACAUAGCCCACGGACACGUUUGUAUAUUCACUCCUCAGCAUCACAUCGCAUCAUUCCUCGCAUUGCCUGGAUACCCCCGCCGCAUACGCACACACGCACACACACAUAUAUACAUGCAUAUUGAAGCAACUUCAUUUCUCUAAUCUUAUAUAAUACUAGUUAUACUUACAGACUUUACCUCCAUAAUGUUUAUACCUUGUUUCCAUUCUCUCUAUUCAUUAGCGGGAGUACUGAGCUAUCAGAUUAAAAGAAUUCGUUCCCUAUUUCCGUCCAACCACUUGGAAUAGAGAGGCCUAGUCCGACCGACAUAGCAGAGGGCGAACACAAAGAGGCGACCA